GACCCGCUGACGUCACAUCCGCCAGUCUCAUGCCUCGCGCGGUAAGAUGGCGGCGCAGUUAACGGACGCCGAACUCUGUUCGGAAUUGAAAAAAUUCGGUUUGGCGCCGGGCCCGGUGACCGAGAGCACCCGCCCCGUCUACCUGAAGAGACUGAAGAAGCUGCGGGAGGAGCGGGGAGCGCGGCCCAAGACCAGGAACUGUGGUGGGACAAGCCCGGCACCAGGCCUCGGCGCCGGCCUCACUCCUCCCCCCGUGCCUCCGGCCAAGCUGCUGGGCUUCAGCUCGGACGAGUCGGACGCCGAAGCUAACGGGAGGAGCGAGAGCGGCAGGAGGGCGGGCCGGACAGAUAAAGUUUCUGGCGAUUACCCCCGUCCUCGGCCUGGGAACAGCAAAGGGAGGAGCACAGCGCAGAGAAUGGUGAACAGCAACAAUAACGGCGGCGCCGGGGUCUCCGCCGGCAGAAGCAACUCCACCCCCUGGUGGGGGCCGAGCCCGAGCCGAGGCUCCCAGCUGGCGCCGGAGGAAGAUGCACAGCCGCCGGGAACCGAGCUACACGCCAGCAACAAUAGUAGCGGUGGCAGCGCCAGCAGGGUAUCCUACAUCAGGGACGGCAAUUACUCCGACUCCGAGGAUGAACGAGAGGAGCGAAGCCGGAGGCCGAACUCAAGACGGAGCCAGUCUAAGAAAUUCUUGGCCAUGUCGGGCACGGUUAAUAGCAGUGAUUCGCCAGGGACGGCGGAGGACAGCGUCGCGGGCAGGAGAGGCGGCGCCAGGCGGACCCACGACGUCGCCGGCGGCCCUUGCUGUCUAGACACAAGAAACCAGCUGGAGGUGGAGGAUCAGAGGGAGAAGAACGCCACAGAAGAGCCCACCAUGUUAUUGCGGUUCCGUAAUUCCUCUUUUAAGAAAAUUAACCCUGGUAUUCUGGGAGCAGAGAGGGAGAGUUUUUAUAACAGCACCAGAAACAACAAUCACAUCGGUCCGAUUGGACCAACCAUUUACAACAGCAAUGUUGUCACCAGUAGAAGCGGGCCCUCGUCCUCCCUUCAACUCGAUGCUAAUCACUCGAACCAUACAGGCAUUAACCAAACUUACAGUACAUUUAAUCGUAAAAGCCCGAGGGAACCCGAGGAGGAACUAUUACAGCAAUUUAAACGGGAGGGCGGUUCGGCGAACGCUGGAUUCAGUGCACACUACCUAUCCAUGUUUCUUUUGACUGCUGCUUGUUUAUUUUUCCUUGUAUUGGGACUAACAUAUAUAAGAAUGAGGGGCUCGGGAGGAUCAGAGGAAGGCAUUCUUAAUGUCAAACAUCAAACAUUCAAAAUAGAUGAGAAGGUUGAAGAGGGAAAGAUCAUUUUGAUUAUUCUUCAUAAAUUACACAGUCACCUGGCAAAAAUAGCAGGAGACUAUGACUGUGGCGACCAUGUUUAUUAUAAAAACAGAAGUCUUUCUGUCCAAGAUGCUGCUGAAUAUGUAACAGUUCUUGAUCCCAAUCAUGAAGAUAAAUUUAAUGGAUCACUCCAGUGGAUUUUACAAAGUGCAGAUGACUUGGGCAUAAAGUUGCUUGGCAAUGACUCAGAUGUAGAGGUAAAUGAUGUGAGUGAAGUUCUGUACCUGGAAUCUACCCAUCCACAGAUGUCUUUCAUUUGCCGCUUCCGACGAGCAUUUUUAACUGUACUCCACAGAAUGUUCUUAUUCCUUGUUGGUGUGGGAAUUGUUUGGGGAGUGCAUUAUUACAUGAAAUAUCGUUGGAGGAAAGAAGAGUCGGAGACCAGACAGAUGUACGACAUGGUGGAAAAAAUCAUAGAUGUUUUAAGACGUCAUAAUGAAGCCUGCCAGGAAAACAAGGACUUGCAGCCCUAUUUACCUAUUCCUCAUGUACGUGAUUCUUUAAUAUCACCUCAGAAUAGAAAAACAAUGAAAAAGGCAUGGGAAAGAGCUGUGGAUUUUGUUGAAACCAACGAGUCCCGUGUUCGGAAAGAAACUCAAAGAAUAGGAGGAGGAGAUUAUUUAGUUUGGAGGUGGAUGCAGCCGCCUUCAACUUGUGACAAGAUUACAGUUGUGCCAUCAAAAGUAUGGCAAGGAAAAGCUUUCCAUCUUGAUGGUAGAAAUUCACCACCUAACAGUUUGACGCCCUGUUUAAAGAUCCGCAACAUGUUUGACCCAGUCAUGGAGCUUGGAGAUGAUUGGCAUGUUGCGAUCCAAGAAGCAAUUCUGGAAAAAUGUAGUGACAAUGAGGGAAUUGUUCACAUUGCAGUAGAUAAAAACUCACGUGAGGGUUGUGUCUAUGUAAAGUGUCUCUCUCCAGAAUAUGCUGGCAAGGCUUUUAAAGCACUUCAUGGCUCGUGGUUUGAUGGAAAGUUAGUGACUGUAAAAUAUCUGAGACUAGAUCGCUACCAUUAUCGUUUCCCUCAGGCGGUCCAUUGCAACACUCCAUUAAAACCGUCAAAUAGGUAUAUGAAUUCAAUGUCACAUCUGCGACUUCUAACCAACACAGCUAACUCCCAAGGACCCUCGUGAGACCCCACCUACUCCUGCCAGUAUUGCUAUGCUGUACCAGGAGAAGUCUUGCUUGAAUGCUCUGUCUUCCUUUUUAUUGCUUUUAUAUGUACACUUUUUGUAUUAUAUGGACUGCAUCUUUUGUGUCAAGAUGCUAGGAAGCUGAAGAAAAUUUCCAAAGGAGCUAUCUGUAGCAUUGGUAUAUUGGCAUAAAAAAUAAUUGUGUAGACGCAACAUGAGGCACGCCUCUCGUACAAUGAUUAAUUCUUGAUCUUUCGACUGGGCACAAACAUUUAAUUUACUGAAAGUUAAGAAUUAUGUUUUUAGGUACAUUAAUUAUUAAUCAUGUAGAUUAAGUCCAAACAGUAUUUGACCAUGGUUAUAUGAAAGGACCUCAUAAUUAACUUGACUACUCAAAACUUUUCCAUUUUGGAGUUUUGAUUUGCCUGUGGUUCAAAGUAAAUCCAUACAAGUAACUUAGCACAGGAUUGCCAUCCAACAACUAACGAUAGUAUAGUAGGGAGACUAUUUGAGUAAUGACAUGGGGAGAGUACACAGAAAAGCGAGGGUGCAUUUCAACAGUUUUAAGCAAAUGUGAACACCACUAAGAAUAGCUUUAUGAUGUAGCUGUUCGCUUACCGAUAAAAUCUGAUUUUUAUUUUGUACACUAAACAUGUCUGGAUUAAAUACGGAUAAAAGUAGUGCUAUCAUGCAGAAAGGAGAAAACCAGCAGUGUCGUAUAAUGAGUAUAAAUUUGCAGAAUGACAGAAGAUUACUGCAGAAUAAUGCACAUAAGAUAGUUAUAUAUUUUGAUUAGCUAAUCAGUCCCUCAUUAUUAGGUAAAUAGAAGCAGCCUAUAUGAUGGAAUAUUUUCCAAAAAUGAGCAUAGUUUCACAUAUUACCUAAUCCUGCUUUUAUUUACUUUUAUUCUGAGUUUGGUAAUCUGCAGUGAAGAGCGUGGAAUU